UUCGGCUUGAAAUCAGGCAAUUAUAGUUCUACCUGUGGUAUUAGUUACGCUGGUAUCAUUUGUGUGUCUGGGAGGAAAGGAGCACGACAGAGUACUACGAGUCUUGCCCAGAAACAGAACAUAAUUACCCCAGCCAGGGCUUGAACCCUGAUACCAGUCUUCAGUAGUAAUUUGCAUAGUACUACAAUCACACAUGGAAUAAGAUUGGGAAUGAGAACCACAUUUUUUUUGUAAAGGAAACAAUAAAUUGGGUCAAAUUUGUACUAUGAAUAUCCAUACAGCAAAAAUGCUGUAAGAUUGAAUUGUUUAUUUGCAUCAGUCUCUUGGCAAUGAUAUUUUAAAGUUUAUUUUAUACAGUAAUACACUGCUUGCAUUCUCUCAGAAUGGCAUCACAAUAGUUUUGUAUGGUUGGUUCUUAGCAAUUGCAGAGAAGGUUUGCACAUUUCUUCAUGGAAGAUGGAAAAAAGCUUUUACUCAGUUGUCUGUGCUCUGUUUCAUAACAUGUCCAGCUAUGAAACCAUUCAUUGCAAAAUUAUUAAAAAAGAAUUUGUAAUUUUUUAGAAAUGUGUUUAAUUUUCACAUCAUUUGGGCAUGGUUAUUUAUCUCUCUUUGCCGUUUAACGGUUUGCGUUUUCAGCAGUUCCCCUUUUUCUCGAUUUAGUCGUUCAGAGGAAAAAAGUCCAGUCCAGUCCAUCGCUAUUUAAUUUUACUUUUGAAUGCUAAUAACGCUAAUGUUUAACCAGAGUGGACUGGGUGCUAGCGUCAUUUUCUAGCGUCAGUUAUGAACGCUUCCAUCUUAGUUUGUGGAUCGUCGUUUGAAGUGUAGCAGUGUUCAAAGCUCACUUUGUUGAAUCUUUUGCUUUUGAAGGACCAUAAAAGCCACAUCAAACACAUAUCUGUAGGAGACAUGCCUUCUAAAUGUGACCAGUGUGGGAAGUGGUUUAAACGACCAGGAAAUGUAAAGAAACUUGCCGGUAAGAAAAAACACACUGGAGAAAAGCCUUUAAAAGACAACAAGUGUGAUGAGUGUUUUAGGCAGGCAAAAACAUCAAAGCAACGUGUAAGACGUACAGGAAGAAAGCCUUAUGUAUGCGAACAGUGUGGCAAGGUUUUUAGAUGGUCAGGACAUUUUAAGCACCAUAAACUUGUGCACACAGGAGAGAAGCCUUUUGAAUGUAACCAGUGUGGCAAACGUUUUAAUCUUGCAAGACGGUUAAGAGAACACAAACGAAUACACACUGGUGAGAAACCUUUUAAAUGCAACCAGUGCGGUAAGUGUUUUGCUCUGGCAGGAAAUUUAAGGCGGCAUCAGUUGAUACACUUAGAGAAGAAGCCAUUUGAAUGUGACCAUUGCGGCAGACGUUUCAGUCAGCAAUCAACUUUAAAGGUACAUAAAACAUUGCACACAGGAGUAAGGCCCUUUCAAUGCAGCCAAUGUGACAAGAAGUUUAAUCAGAAAGGACUCUUGACGGAACAUGAAAGAACGCACACAGGAGAGAAGCCUUUUGAAUGCAACCAGUGUGGUAAGAGGUUCCAUCGUGCAGCACUUUUGAAGAUUCAUAAAGGAAUCCACACAGGAGAGAAGCCAUAUAAAUGCGAUCAAUGUGACAAGUGUUUUAGGCAGCCAGGACAUUUAAGGGAACAUAAAAGAACACACUCAGGAGAGAAGCCUUUUGAAUGCAACCAGUGUGGCAAGUGUUUUAAUCUUUCGGGAUCUUUAAGGCGACAUAAACGAAUGCACACAGUAGAGAAGUCUCUUUUUUGUAAGUAUUGUGGCAGGUGCUGCACAAAUCCAGGAAGUUUAAGGCAACAUGAAACAAUACACAACAAAGGGGAACCAUGUACGAACAAUGAGGAGAAUGUUGUUUACUUUAGUAUUGCUGAACUGUUAAAAGGCCUUAAAACAAGAAAACGGAAAUGAAUCAUAUUCACUUACUGGUAUUAACUACGGUUGACCACCAUACCGUUACAUGUAUUUACAUUAACAAUAAUUUAAAAAAAAAUGUUUGUGUGAUUGUUUAGACAAUGCAGUAGUGAAUGUUAUUUGUGUCAUCAUCUUACCAAUCAAGUACGCAUUCUACUUAUUAGGUCAAAAGUCAUCUAUAUUACUUGCAAAACAUUUUGGACGAUAAAAUUUCAGAUGCUUUAUUUCGGACAUUUGAUUUUCAGACACUUUAUCUCAUUUCAGACAAAUUUCAGACAAAAAGUUCAGACACUUGGCAGAAACAAAUUAAUAGCUAAGGUAAAUUUAUGCACAAAAAACAUGAAUUAAACCAAAACAACAGCUGUGAAAAUGAUAGUUUAACUGCUCCCUCGAGGUUUUACAGAUACACUGACACGCUGUUACAUAUCUCAAGCAGUGUCAUAAUUAGAGUUCCUUCCAUAUUAGGAAACUAAGAGCUUUGAAACUGCUUAAAAGUAUAAUACUGUAUUGUAAAUAUUUUGGACACUUAAAAAUUUUGGAUGGUUUUAUUUUCGGACACUUCUUUGUCCGAAAUUAAACUUGUCUGAAAUUUUUUGCGAGUAAUUUGUAGGUAGUCCUAUGUUGAGUUAAGAAUUAUGAUAAAGACUUCUCUAUUGUACUAUUUACAGGAAUUAUAUGUAUCAUUAUAUUAAUCGAUACUGUUUAUAUUGACAAAAACUUUCUAUAAAGUCAAGUUACUGUUAUUAAAGGGAGGGUUUCACGGCUUGGCACAUGUCUCUAAAUCAAAAUACUUUUGUUUGCUUCUUAUCAAUGUUAUCGCUUUAAAAAACCCCACUCAGAUGUAGUUAAUUAAUCACAUGCUAUAGUUAGUCGUCCCAGAAUGAUGGAUGACCAAAAUUCUCAGGUUUCAGUGGAUUUUACAGACACUGUCGACUAUUGAAUUUAGUGUUGACCUGUACAAUUUAUUCCAUUGCUGAUGAUUUUAUGGCUAUUUGCAUGCGAAAUAAGGUAAGUUGUUUAUGAUUGGUUCAUAAACAAUGAAAAACUGGGCCAGUGCCAAAAAGCAUGCACACGCGAAUAAAUAAUACAGACAUGCGCCGCACCGAGAAACUCUCCCUUUAAUAUUAACUGUGCAAGUAUUCAAUUUCUGACUUGUUGUCCUCCAUGUCUUCAUGAUACUUCCUUACAACAGAGGACUGGGGAUGAGUCAGAUUCAGUUUUUGAUAAGAUCCGUUAGUGUUAAAACAUUUAUCGAGUUUUAAACGAGUUUCAGUAAGUGUUGAUCAUAUUUUGUCAAAAUUAAUGAAUUUGUGAUGAAACUGAAAAUAAAGAAGUUGAAUACCCCUGACAGCGCAUGGAAGACAUGGUUCCUUGGUUAGAGGCUCCCUCUACUUCCCCAACUAUCAAAACAUUGACAUGACUGAAUCGCACUUAUCCCACAAUUAAUUUUAUGCUACCUUUCUAAGGUAGGGAUAGGCGUAACUCUCUGCUGCAGAGGUUUGGGUAUUUAUAGAAAUCUGCAAGGCGUGUAUGUGCAAAGGUCAACAGAUUCCUCCACAUAGUCUUGUGCCUAUAUCCACAUAAUUUAUUCAGCAGAUUCUCCCCAGAGAAAGAAAUCCUUUGAGCUGGUGUAAAGGGGAGACAAAAACUCCCUUGCCUUGUAGAUUAAAUUUGUGAUGUGGUCAGCUGUGCUCCUACUCCUCCUUCACACUUUCAGCAGGGUUCAAGGAGUUGGUAUGGCCCAAGAGGUCCUUUAACUGGGGGUAUCUGACACAGAGGCACAGGAUUUUCGAUCUGAUUUUCCAUGCUGGCCUGAAAUAGGGUACAGGUUUCAAGGUUCGGGCCACACACCCCACCAAAAUCUUUGGGGAGAAACCCCCCUGCUGGGGUUGCCCUGGUCCCAGUACUUUCUUGCCCACAUCUCUUUGUGUAGUAUCAAGAUACAGUUACUACUGGCAAUUCCCUUUCACAUUCCCGAGGUUCUCCUGUUCCUUUUCCCAUGGGACACCAUGAGUUCUUUUGAUUUUGUACCCUUCCCUGUGCGAUCCCAGAGAAUUUGGCUGGGUUGGCUGACUCACUGAAAUCAAUGAAAGAGUCUAAUACAUCUGCAAAAAAGUCAGUCUCUUCCACUGAAACUGCUUCUCGGAUGGCUUGCAGUGAAGCGCCAACUCUGUUUUCCCACUUGCUUCAGACACCACAUGCAUUUGCAAAACAAAUGGGAAAAGGUGGCUUUGGAGAUAUUUGGCCAGUAUAUUCUUGGCCCAAGAUAUUCACCAAUUCAAAGCUGGUUCCCUUCCCAAAAAUAUCCCCUGGUUGCUCUCUACCUCACACCAUUUGGAUUACUGCACUCACAGGGAGUGGGACUCACAUGAUUCAUUAUGGAGUUCUUGACUGAAACAUCUCCCCAAAACUGAGUCAGUUUUAAGCUGAGUUAGUUUUAAUUAGUAAUUAAACGGUUUUACAGCUCAACUAGAGGAUAUUUUGGGGAUGAAGACCAGUGUCGGCGUUUGGCUGGCAGAGGAGAAUUGGUUAAAAUGUUAAUUGUUUGCUCAGGAAUGGGUUGCAAUUUUUACUGAUAUCUGAGAAGUUGCCGACAAUGUAACUGAACACUGAGAUUCCAGCCCUCCUUUACAGAUCCUCACUGGAGGCUCAAUGGCCAUUUUCCCCUCUGAGACAUGCCUGAAGGGAAUCAUGGUAGUUGUAUUCAUCAUCUUGGGCUAGAUAUUUGUUUUGAUGAA